AAAUAAUAAUAAGAUGAACACUUGGAUUAUCAAUAUUGUAAAAUCAAAAUAAAUGUACAAAAACGGAAUUUCCUCAAAAAUAGAUAGGAGAGAUAUAGACCUAGCAUUUUUACCUCAGUUAUCAAUUUUCAGUAAGUAUACUUCAAUUUCCAAAUAAAUUUGAUAGAUCAGUAAUGGGUCAUUAUAUCAAAACAUGCAAUUCUAGCAUUUUUACAACUUUAUUCAGCACAAUUAAUGGCCAUUUUAUCAUAGCCCAACACCUCUUUAAACGAUAUUUUAGUGUCACCAUAAUAUAAACGAGAGGAUUUACAUGUGUCUCUUCCAACAAUUUUUUUUACUCAUAGAAAAAGGGAAAAAAUAUUAUUUGGCAAUUUGUAGACAUGUAAUGUUGCUACAUACGUAAUAAAUGAAAGGUUGUCGUUUUAUACACAACAAACUAGUAUAUAUAGAUGAUAGAUGUGCUAAGUCAGAUCAUGCACAAACACAACACCUAUUAGGAAGAAGAUUAACGAUAGCUCGCUGACAUGUCUCAACAGGCCACUACCUAUGGUAGUGUUAAAAAUAUUACUAGCUCACCCAUCGUAUAUCAGAUUUCCAAAGAUUGGCAAGGAGCUGUUGGAUCUGGCGAUCUCAAAUCUUAUCCAGUUCAAAUCCAGCCUUCUGCUACAGGUACUUUUGAACAUGUUGGAAACGAAAAUGGUUCACAGGCAGCUGUUGUGUAUAGCGUUACAAAUAGCGCUGGAAAAGCCUAUGAUGUACUUUUAGCUUGGUUCAACCAGCCUAAUUCUCCUAACAAGGCUUAUACUCUGAUUGAUGAAGCUGGCUCCUUUACAACCGAUCGUUGGCCUGGAGUUUUUGAUACCCUGAUCAAUUCCAGCAAAAAGAGCGCCAGUACAGUUGGAGGAUGCACCUCAGUAGUUGAAAUUGCGGAUGGAAAUUUCCCAAAAUUUUCGGCAGCAAUAAGUUCUGCUUAACUGCCUGUGUUGAGGGCUGAUGUAAUAGGCUGUCAAAAUAACUAAGUAAAUAAAGUGCCUUGUGCACUAGCACUCUUAGACUAUUAGAGUGAAUUUGGCAGCCAAUAGACUAUUAGUGUGUUUAUGUGUUUGUAAUCUAAUAUUUUGGUUUCCUGUGGAUCGUACAUCCCAUUUGGAAAUUUUAAAUAUCAAUAAAGAAUUACACCCCUUGUCUGGUUUAUAACUUUG